CGCAUUUUAAAAAAAAGAUAGGCGCCGCCAUCAAUCAAGCCGCCAUACUUCUUCUACCCCUAAAUUCACACAACACUACACACAUACUAUUAUAAAUCUACAUCCACUUUCAUGAUAUAACCCUUUUAUGAACAUCUUAAUUACAUAUAGAAAUAACCUCUCUCUCUUUCUCUCUCCUCUUUCUCUCUCCUCUUUCUCUCUCUAGAUAAAAAUGGAAGGCUACUCUAUAUUUUCUUCUUCUACAAACUCAUCAAAUUCUUCACCAACUAAUAAUAGUAACUUUCCUUUUUCAUUAAGCCAAGUUUCUAGUUCUUCCAAUAAUAGCUUUGAUCAUAACAUAGAUCAUCAAUAUAAUCAUGAUCAUCACGGUGUAGGGAACCAAUCUGGACCGUUGAUUACGGAGUUGAUGAUGAUGAGUGAGCCGCCGCAGCAGAUUCCAUCUCCCAUGGUUGUUCAAUCUCAAUUAAUGGAUAAUUAUCAUGAUAUUAUUAUUCCUCAUAGUCAUCAAGAUAAUCAUAAUGAUGAUGAUCAAAAUAAGAGUUUUAAUAAUAUGGCAAAUGAUAAGUUGAUUAAUAAUAAUAAUAAUAAUUAUUAUUAUAAUAAAAAGGGUUCGUCGGAGAAGAAGGCAAAGAAGCAUAGGUAUGCUUUUCAAACAAGGAGCCAAGUUGAUAUACUUGAUGAUGGCUAUAGAUGGCGAAAAUAUGGUCAAAAGGCCGUCAAGAAUAACAAGUUUCCAAGGAGCUACUACAGGUGCACGUAUCAAGGAUGCAAUGUGAAGAAACAAGUUCAACGCCUUUCCAACGAUGAAGGAGUAGUUGUCACUACUUAUGAAGGAAUUCAUUCUCACUCUAUUGAAAGAUCUACUGAUAAUUUUGAGCAUAUUUUGACUCAAAUGCAAAUUUACACCUCCUUUUAAUUUUUUUUUAUUUAUUUUUUCUUCUUUUCUUCUUCUUCAAACCGAAAAAAAAGUUGAUGAGUUUUAUAUCGAGGGGAAAAACCUAAUGUUACUUGUUAUUUUAAUACUUAUUGGUAAUAAUAUAUGUAAAUUGUACAAGCUAAGCUAAGCUAAGCAUGCCUUGGAUUUUUUUA